UGGCUGUUAGGCUUCCCUGGAGUCCUCUUCAUCUUGCCCGUAAGACGCAGAGAAUUGGAAAAUUGCUUGGGCAUCUGCUGUUUUGAACAAAGCAGCUGGACUGGGGUAGAGCUCAGGACAAGAUUUUGAAGCUGGUUCUGAGUCACUGUGAACUCUGAGCACCCGCCCACGAUGCAAUCUUCACAAGUUUAGCUUGUGGGAACUGUCAGACCAGGUCCAGGGACUGGGGCUUCCUCCAGGCCUUGUUAGCAUUCAGUUGAUGAGAACAGCCUCAAGUUGAGGAAACUGUGGCUGGAGCCCGAUAGCGAGGCAGUUCUGCUCCGUGUCACCCUCCGGCUGAUGGGCGGCUGCUGAGCCUGUGUGGGGCAGAGCAUCUGCAGGGAGAGGAGCCGGCCUGACUCCCCGUCUUGCAGGAUGUUGGGGCAAGCGCUUGCCCUCACGCUCCUCCUGCUCAUCACGGGGCACCAGGGCCAAGAUUCUGCUGAGCAUGUGGCUGGACUCUCAGGAGAAUCUGUCUGGUUACAGCCCCUCAGCACACAGAUGAAAACAUACUCUGUUCAUUGGAAGAUGAAGCCGCCCUCAGAUUUAAGCUAUCUGAUACUUUAUUGGAAGAAUGAUUCUGGUGUGAUCCAUGUGGAGCAGCCUUCGGAUCGUUUCAAAAAUAGACUCAAUUUUAUGAUCGAGGACCUAACUCUUCACAUCAAGGCAGCUCAGCAGCAAGACAGCGGGCUCUACAGUGUGGAGGUCACCAGUGACACUGGGAAGGUUUGGAGACAGAAGUUCCAGGUUUCUGUAUUUGAUCAUGUUGAGAAGCCCAGCCUGCUGGAGAAGAAAAAGACCCUGGACAGAGGGAUGUGCCAAGUGACUCUGUUCUGCUUGGUCUCCGGAGGUGGUGAUGUUGAUGUGAGCUAUACUUGGUAUAAAGGGACUGAGCUGAUCCAGACACCAAGGAACCUCACUGAACUGGAAGUGCAGAUUGAUGCUGAUGGUUUGCAUAUAUAUACCUGCAAUGUCAGUAACCCUGUCAGCUGGGCAAACCACACCCUCGAACUCACCCAGGGCUGUCAGAGUGGCCACCGGAACUUCAUCCUUCUGACCGUAUUGGUGAGUGUCGUGUUUCUCUUAAUGGCAUUGUUCCUCAUCACCUUCACCUGCUGGAGGAGGAAGAGAAAGCAGUCACAGACCAGCCCAGAGGAAGUUUUGACAAUUUAUGAAGAUGUCAACCACGUGCAAGUCAGGAGACAGCAAGAGCAGAAGCCAAACUCCCCUGGAGCAGGGAACACCAUCUACUCUGUGAUCCAGUCCCAGUCUUCUGCUUCCACAUCACAAGAAACUGCAAAUACAUUGUAUUCAUUAGUACAGUCUUCUUGGAAGUCUGGAUCCAAGAAGAGGAGCCCCAGCCCUUCCUUCAGUAAAACUAUCUAUGAAGAGGUUGGAAACAGAGCAUCCAAAGCCAAGAACCCUGCUCGACUGAGCCGCAGGGAGCUGGAGAACUUCUGCGUCUAUUCCUAGUUACUGCAGCCAUUAUCCCCUCUCUUACAGCCCAGCUUCUGCUUUGGGAACCAGUCCAAUGGAUGAUACUGCAUGACUCUCUGGAACAAUUCCCAGUCUGGAGAGGAUACAGGAGUUUGUUCAUGGUCUAUAUUUUGCUUUGAAAAUGAUUUCUAACAGCCAGUAUAAGAGCAAGGCCGUAAAAUAGUAUCUCAACUUAACAGACCGGACAAGAGUGGGUAGAGGUAUUGGGUAGUUCACAAAAGACCACCCAGAAAGUCCAAGUACUGGUCAUCUUUUAAGUGCUGUGCAAAUGUUUGGUGGUGUUAUUAUUAGCAUACAGAUUCCCUUCCCCUGGUUUCCUAAUUUGUUAUAUGUCUUCCCUCCUCUCUAAUCAAGGAUGACCACAUUUCUAGACCCUUCCCUUGCCCAGGCCAUCUUUCAAAGAGGAAGGAAAGAUAAUGGGGACUCAGAGGAAGAGAACCAGCCCCCUCUGUGAAAGUGGACAAAAUAGCUUUAAGCCAGCUGGCAGGUUCCCCAAAGGGGCCAGGCUUGGGCUUUACCCAAACACAGAGGAAAAACUCCUCCACCACAUAUUAAGCCUUUACUUCUGGCCAGGUGGUCACAAAGGAGUGUGGACAGGAAUGAAACUAGACGGUGCAAAGCAAGCCCAUCUCUGAGUGGGAAAACCAGCCAGAGCCCAUGCCAUCUUGAUAAUCUGGCCGUGGGACAAGUUUUGUCUAUAGUAUGAUGUUUGAUUUACAGAAACACAUUAUUAGGAAUCUACUUUGGUUUCUUUACACAUUCUUCACAGUCAGAAACAAUACUGUAUUUAGGUUCUGAGUCCACCAUGAGUGCUCCCCAUGGCACAUGAUGGAGGGAGGACUCAGACAGCUGAGUGAUUGGGAACCAGACAUUAUGCUGGGCUCCUCUGAGUCUUCAGGACAGACCCUUCCACAGGGCUGUGGGGAGCAGGGCUGAGACUCUGGCUGAACCCAAGAAAGGGAGGAUGAACUGGAAGAGAUCUUACUCAGAGACCCCAACAGGUGAUAUUGCAUGGAAUCUGAUUCUUCAAUUGCCCUACUCUGUAUUUAAUGUAUGAAUUUAAUACAAAAUUGUGUUGGUAUUUAGAAGCAGCCUGAAUUUUUUUCUUGAAUAAAAUUCAUGUGUCUCCUCUUUA